AAGCACGAAAAUUUGACACUGGCGCUGAAUUCCGCCCAAGCCAUCGGUUGCAACGUGAUCAACAUCGACGCGCACGAUUUGGCAAAAGGAAAGCCUCAUUUGGUCCUCGGUCUCCUUUGGCAAAUCAUUCGUAUUGGGCUGUUCAACCAAAUCACGUUAGAGCACUGUCCAGGCAACCGACGACUGAACAAUUUCACCAACGACGUGCGGGACUCGGAGAUCUACUCGUACCUGCUACACCAGAUUGCCCCGCUCGACGCCGGCGUGGACAUGGCGGCCCUGCACGAGCCGGACGCCCUGCGCCGCGCCGAACACAUGCUGCAACAGGCGGAGAAGCUCGGCUGUCGCAGCUUCCUCACGCCCGAGGACGUCGUCGCGGGCGUCUACAAACUCAACUUGGCCUUCGUCGCCAACCUCUUCAACAACCACCCGGGGCUGGACAAGCCCGAAGACAUGGAUCUCACCGCCAUGGACGUGGAGGAGACGAGAGAAGAGAAGAAGCACUGUCCAGGCUUGGCCACUUUGCUCACGGACGGAGAAAAGCUUGACGAAUUGCUGAAACUGAGCCCCGAGCAGAUUUUGAUGCGCUGGGUCAAUUACCAUUUGGAUCGUGCCGGAACAAACAGACGACUGAACAAUUUCACCAACGACGUGCGGGACUCGGAGAUCUACUCGUACCUGCUGCACCAGAUUGCCCCGCUCGACGCCGGCGUGGACAUGGCGGCCCUGCACGAGCCGGACGCCCUGCGCCGCGCCGAACACAUGCUGCAACAGGCGGAGAAGCUCGGCUGUCGCAGCUUCCUCACGCCCGAGGACGUCGUCGCGGGCGUCUACAAACUCAACUUGGCCUUCGUCGCCAACCUCUUCAACAACCACCCGGGGCUGGACAAGCCCGAAGACAUGGAUCUCACCGCCAUGGACGUGGAGGAGACGAGAGAAGAGAAGACUUACAGAAAUUGGAUGAAUUCAAUGGGCGUCGCCCCACACGUGAAUUGGCUGUAUUCCGACUUGGCUGACGGGCUGGUCAUCUUCCAAUUGUACGACAUCAUUCGGCCAGGAAUUGUGGACUGGAGCAAAGUUCACAAGAAAUUUUCCAAGUUGCGCAAGUUCAUGGAAAAGUUAGAGAAUUGCAAUUACGCUGUCGAGUUGGGGAAACAGCUUAAAUUUUCGCUCGUUGGCAUCGCUGGACAGGAUUUGAAUGACGGGAACCCGACUUUGACGCUCGCUUUGAUUUGGCAACUGAUGAGGGCGUACACUUUGUCAAUCUUGACUCAGUUGACGCAAACGGGGCACCCUGUUGUGGAGAAGGAAAUCAUUGACUGGGUCAACACGAAGCUCGUCAAUGCCAAAAAAACUAGCGCUUUGAGGAAUUUCCAGGAGUCUUCCCUGGCGAACGCGAAGGUGGUCAUCGACCUCAUUGAUGCGAUUAGCCCGGGCACCAUCAACUACGAUCUGGUGAAUCACGAUGAGAACGAUGAGGCGAAAACGGCGAAUGCCAAGUACGCCAUUUCAAUGGCGAGGAAGAUCGGUGCGAGGAUUUACGCUCUGCCGGAAGAUAUAACCGAAGUGAAGCCGAAGAUGAUCAUGACCGUUUUCGCGUGUCUCAUGGCCAGGGAUUACAUUCCAAACUUGGACUCACGACGCUGAAUGCCGCAUUCUUUCCUCUUUUUUUUUUUUUUUUUUUUGUUUUCCUCUCAUCCCACGAAUCCCUGGGUUGACUUAUUGUCGUGUUUCAGCGUGGAGAAGGAAGGAAAAAACGGUGAACAUUGUGGUGGGAUGAAAGGUGUUAUAGGGAUGCCUGAGUGAGAUGAUGAAGCAUUCUAGGGCAAUGUUGGGACCAACAUUUAUCUGCUGUCUUUUUAUUCCGUGUCGAGCAUGGAUACGAAGUUUUUCUUAUAGGCCUUUGGUUUACAGCACGUGAGCUGUGUAUGAUUGAUAUAUGAUUUGUUCAAGUGGGCUCAUUGAAAUACUGCUGUAUACGUCGUCGGCGCGCGAAUAAAAGAAUAAAUAAAAUUGCGAAAGUUUUUGAACAAUUUUCGCGACAGCCAUAAGAGGUAUAUACCAUAUAUACGCGAUUAAUAGGCCGCAGAUCGACUUGAACAUUUUAUAAGUAUGAAGAUCACGUUGGCUGGGUCAAAAAUUGUUGGAAAACUUGAAACUUUGGGGGAAAACAGCUCCUCGUUGGUGCUUCUGCUAUGCCAGGAUUGUUUAUCCUAAUUUUCCUUAAUUUUAGCUGUUUUCGUUUAGGUGGCCUUGAAGAUAGGCCGCAUCUUCUAGUCUUUGUGGCCUAUUUUAGAAUAUUUUGAUUAUAGGCCGCACCUGAGUUUUCUUUUGGGAAAAAUGGUGGUCUUCAAUCGUGGUAAUAGUUUACUUCCAUAUGUUUCUCAAAUUUUUUACCUGUCGUCUUAAAAUUUGAAUCGAUGAUGUUCAAUGGGCCCACUUGAACUUAUAUUCGAGUCGCAAGCGCUUAUCGUGAAAUUUGGUAGAAACGCGUGGAAAUGCUCGACUAGAGAAUAAUGCGAUGGUCUUUCUAAUAUUUGUCAUGCCUGUGGCUUCGCAUUCCGUGCUUAAUGAUCAAAGUUGGAUUAUAUCUGCAGCAAAGGCUUUGUUUUAACGUGUACGGUACGCUGUGCAACACUGCUCAAUAUAUUCGCGGACGGUACAGAGGAAAUAUUUCUUUUAAGCUCGGAGGAAAAUUGCGUAUAGUGAGUGAGGAAGUCGAUAUUUAUGAAUAAGGACGACGAAGAAAGCCCCUUUAUUCCGGUGUUGCACGUUUUUUGCUGCUUUGAUUAAUCGUGAGGCGCUGUUAAUUAUUAUUUUUGUUUCAUAUCCCGACGGAAAUAUGCUUCCCGUGACGUACAGAAGGUGCUUGUGGUUGUUUCGGUUAGCUAUGCAUCACAGUAUAUCUGCGGUUUUUUAAGUGAAUAUUUUGACCUCGUUUGAAGUUCUCGUUCGCCAUUUUGUUUGGUAUUUGGAUAUGUGAAAUUACCUCGUCUGUUGGUAUAUUACCUGUUAUCCAUUAAGAUUUUUUUUU